UUGCACUUGCAAACGCUCCGAAAGAUGAAUUUUGUACAGGAAAAUAAUCACGUCCUUUACCUGUGGAGCGGUAGCGUUGGGCCAGAAAUCGAAAAGGAAGUGAACGAAAUCAAAUCCAUUCCCAAUGUGCAGGUGAAUGUGGAAAAUGUUGACCGUCUGCAGCUUGCCGAAUAUGGAAAUUCACAAUUUGAUGUAAUUCUGGCACAAGUAUCUACCUCAAACACAAAACUUGUAACGCUGCUGGUAAAGUUGCUGAAGCCCAAGGGUAAAGUUGUAUUCCGGGAUGAUUCAGCAGCGAGUGUUGAGCAGGCACGUUCUAAUCUACUGCUGGCGGGAUUUAUCAACAUUGUGGCAUCGGACAAUAAUGUGUACAUCGGUGAGAAACCCGACUACGAAGUUGGUUCAAAAUCGAAGCUGUCCUUUGCGAACAAAUCGAAGGUCGCUGCCGUAUGGAAGCUGGACGAUGAUGAGGAGGAAGAACGUAUCGAUGAUGAGGAACUACUGGAUGAGGAAGAUAAAGCCAAACCGUCGGCCGAAUCGCUUCGAGUUUGUGGUACAACCGGUAAGAGAAAGGCCUGCAAAGAUUGUUCAUGUGGGCUAGCGGAAGAACUGGAUGCAGAAGCGAAAGGCAAAGCACUUGUCGACACGACAACCAAAUCCUCCUGUGGAAGUUGCUAUUUAGGAGAUGCAUUCCGUUGUGCGACCUGUCCCUAUUUGGGUAUGCCUGCAUUCAAACCAGGUGAAAAGAUUCUCCUCAGCGACACGCAAAUGCAGGCGGACAUUUAA